AUGAGAAAUUUAAAUAAGAGGAAGUUAACAUGUGUGGAAAACCAAAGUCGUAAAAAAAGAAGUACGUGUGAUGUGGGAGAUAAAAAUGAAAAUGAUAUAAUACUUAAAUCAGAAAAUAAAAACAGGAAGAAUAUUACAAUAAAAAUGGACAAAGAAAGCAAAGAAAAGAAAGGCAAAAAUAUUAAUGAUAAAGAACAAGAUGAUGUUAUAUUUAUGAAUGAUGUGGAUGGUUAUAAUACAGAAUAUUUUAAAAAUUUAAAAAAAGGUGCUAUCAUAGAAAUGACGUUAUAUAAUUGGAUGGUUUUUAGCGGUCCUAUAACUCUAAGAGCUAAUCAAGGAAUAAAUUUAAUAGCUGCUGCAAAUGCAAGUGGUAAAUCUUCGAUUGCUUGUGCUUUGGUGUUUGGUUUAGGAUAUAAUAGUAAUAUAUUAUCUCGAAAUAAAGAAUUAAUAAAUUUUAUAAAGAAAGGUGAAAAGAAGAGUUUUAUAGAAAUUACCUUAAAAUGUGAUGAAGAGAAAAAAUAUAUAUGCAUAAAAAGAAUUAUGAAUAUUAUAAAUAAUAAAGUGGAGAGUUUUUGGUUUGUUAAUAAUAAAAAAGAAAAUUAUGAAAAAAUUGAAAAAAUCCAAAAAGAAUUCAAUUUAAAUUUAGAUAAUUUAAUUACAUUUAUGCCUCAAGAAAAUGUUAGUAAAUUUUCUAGACUAAAUCCUGAAGAAUUAUUUGAAUGCACAUUAUUAGCUAUUGAUAAAAAAUUACUAGAUGAUUAUAAUUAUUUAAAAAAGAAGAUUGAAGAAAAGAAAAUUGGAGAAAAUAAAAUUAAAACAUAUGAACAUGAAAUAAUAGAAGAAGAAAAAAUUAUAAAUGAUUUAGAAAAAAAAAAAAACAAAUAUGAAAAUUUAAGAAUGUUAUUAUCUAGAAUGAAAUUAUACAGAGUAAAGAAAUCUUUGCUUUUAAUUGAACACAAGAAAAAACAAGUUAUAAAUAUAAAGGAACAUAUAGAAUCAUUGAUUAAAGAAAAGGAUACACAUUUUAAUACCUUGAAAUAUUAUUUGUCUGAAUUAGAGAAAUGUCACAAAGUUAUAAAUAAUUUAUCAUUAGAAUAUAGUUCAAAAAAAAUAAUUAUUAAGGAAUCACUUAAUAAAUAUAUGAAGCUUAAUUUAACCUUAGAAGAUAUGGAAAAACAAAUAAUUAAAGAAGAAAAAAUUAUGGAUGACACAGUUCAGAAUAUAUAUGAAAAUAAGGAGUGUAUAAAAGAAUUAGAAAAUAAGAAAAAAAAAAUAAAAGAAGAAAUAUACAAAUUAGAAGAAUUUUUUAAUCAAAAAAAGGAUGAAAGAAUUAAUACAAUAUUAACAAUAGAAGAAAAUAGAAUGAAUGAAAAUGCUUGUAUAAUAAGUAAAAAAAUAAAAAAUAUAAAUACAUUAAAUGAUGAUGAUAAUCAAUAUCAUAAUAUAAAAGAAAAAGAAUUACAAAAUGAUUUAAAAAAAAUAUCUGAUGAAAAUAAAAAAUUAUUAAUGAAAAAAUAUAAUUUACAAUCAGAAUAUAAAUCUAUAUUAGAUAAAUUAAAAAAAAGAAAAAACUAUAAAAAUAUACAAGAAGAAAAAUUUCUCAAUAGUAUUGAAUUUACAUUAAGAGAACGAAUUUUAAAUUAUAAAAAAAAUAUUAAAAAUAUUGUAGAAACAUAUAAUUUAUUGAAUAAGGAAUAUAUAGAAAAUUUAAAAAAAAAAUAUGAUCAAAUUAAAUUACAUAAUAUAAAUGAAUUUAAUGAUGAAAUUGUUGAUGAAUUAUCAAAACAAAAUAUAAUAUAUGGACCGUUAUGUAAAUAUAUAAAAUGUAUAAAACCACAAUAUGAUUAUAUUCUAGAAUAUUUUUUAAAGAAAUAUUUUAAUAGUUUUCUAUUAAUUCAAAAAGACAACAAAGAAUUUUUGGAAGUCUUAUAUAAAAAAUAUAAAUUAUCUAUUAUAACAACGAAUGAUAAAUAUUUUGAUACGAAUAAGGAUAAUAUAAAUAGGAACAAUAUAAAUUUUAAUGAUCGUAAUAAUAAUAAUAAUAAUGCGAUAUCUGGAUAUCCUAAAUUUUGCCAAGUUACUAAUGAAAUGAGAAAAAGAGGUGUGGAAUAUUUUUUAUAUGAACUUUUUGAUAGCCCAGAAGUUGUAAAGAAUAGUCUUAUAAACAUUGUACCUAUACAUAUAUCUUUUAUUGUUAAAGGAGAUACUUUGAAAAAUAAGAGCACAAAAGAAAUUAAUGAAUUUAAUAAAUUUAUGAUUAAUGAAAUAUCGAAACAAUUAAAUGAAGAGGUUAGGAGCUUAUUUUAUUUUUGUGAAGAUAAUAUACAUCGUUAUCGUAUUAGUACAUAUGAUAAAAAUAUAUUUAUAGAGAAUUUUUCUCAUAUAGAAAAAAAAAAAUGUAAAAUAUUAUAUAAUAUGAAUAACGAUGUAAAAAAAGAUAUAGACAAUUUGAUGGAAAGGAAAGAAAUAUGUGAAAAAGAACUUGAAGUAUUACAAAUACAAUUUUCUGAGUUUGAAAAAAUGAAAAAAGAAAAAAAUGAUGAAUACAAUAAAAUAAUUUUAGAAAGAAACGAAAUGAAUAUAAAAAAAAAGAAAUGUACUUUAUUAAAGAAUGAAUUAAUAAAAAUAAAUGAAAAUUUAGAUAAAUAUAUGAAAGGGGAAAAUAUUAUUGAAGAAAAAAAAAAUAUGAUUCUUAAAAAUAUUAAUUUAAUAAAUAAAAAAAAAAUUGAUAUAUGUGAUGAAUUUUUAUAUAUUUUAAAAGAACAUAGUAAAUAUGAUAAGGAAUUGUUUUAUAUUUAUCAUAAAUUAAAUCAAUGGAAAAAAUAUUUAUCAAUAAUAAAAAAUGAAAAUAUAGAAAAUGAAGAAAAACAUGAAAAUUUAAAAAAUAGUAUUGAAAUCGAAAAAAAUAAAUUAAAUUCUUAUAUGUAUGAUAUAAAUGAAUUAAACGGUUUAUUAAAAAUACAAAAAAAUGAAUUAAGUCAAGAAGAAAUCAAUACUUUAGAUACUAUACAUUUUAAUUUAGAACAAGUCGAAAAUAAAUUAAAAGAAUGUAUAAUUCAAGAAAAAAUAUAUAAUAAUUUAGAUAGUAAUAAUAAUAAAUGUGAAGAAAAAUAUAAUAUAUUAUUAUUAUCUAUAGAAAGACAUAAAGAAAAUGUUCAAAAUAAAAUAAAAGAAAUAAAUAAUUUAAAAGAAACCAUAUUAGAAAAUGAAAAACAAAUACAUUUUAUAUUACCACAUUGGUCAAAUCAAAUAAAUGAAUAUAUUAUUUUCCUAAAUUAUAAUUUUGAAAAGUUUAUGAAUUUUAUUAAUCCAGAAUUUUUUGGAAAAAUAGAUCUAAUCAAAAAAAAUGAUAUAUAUGAAAAAUGUGAAUUAUAUAUUAAAGUGAAAUUUAAAAAAAACGCACCUUUCUUAUUAUUAUCUAUAUCUCAUCAAUCGGGAGGUGAAAGAUCUUUAACAACUAUGUUAUAUAUUCUAUCUAUACAAAAAUUAACAAAAAAUGGGUUUUAUGUUUUAGAUGAAUUAAAUCAAGGGUUAGAUCAUAUUAACGAACAGAAAAUCUUCCAAUUACUUUCUUGCUUAUCAAAUCCUCUUAUGUAUAAACAAUACUUCUUACAUAAUUAUAAUUAUAAAUAUAUUCACAUCGAUUAUUGUUCAAUACCUCAAUAUUUUAUAUUAACACCACAAAUUAUUAAAAAUAUCGUUUUUAAAGAUAUUACUGUACAUUAUCUUUUUAAUGGUUUUGGAGUUGUCGAUAAGCAGUUUGAUAAUUUUUACGAAAAUUAUAUAUCAUGA